AUGGUUAAUGCUUUUGUCGAUCCCUCACUGCGCAUUGUGCUUUUUGUCUUUAUGACUAUCAUUAUGGGUCUUACCGGCUCUUUGAUUAACGGCUCUGCAUGGCAAAACCCUCAGGUCAAUUUUGCCAUUUUCGUCAGUGCGUUUGGUAUGCUAUUUGGCGCCUUUUAUGGUUUGUUGGCUGGCUUUGUUGAAUUUUUGGCUUUCCCCAUUAUUCUUGCCUUUAUCGACUUUUGCGACUUUGUCUUUUGCCUUUCUGGUGGUGCUGCUCUUGCUCAUGGCAUUCGUGUUCACUCUUGCACAAACCAUGAAUACCUUGACAAUAACCGUAUUGUCCAAGGUUCUACUGAUAGAUGCAGAAAGGCUCAAGCUACUACUGCCUUUUUGUUUUUCUCAAUGGCUGUUGCCGCUGGUCAGCUUGCUCUCUCAAUCAUUACCAUGCUUCAAUCUGGUCCCUUUAGCCAACCCUCGCGUAAGAGAUCAUCGCCUCCUAGAACUGGUCUUCCCACCAUGUCUCAGGUCUAA